AGCUAAGCUAGUUGUCUUCUUAUUUUUCUUCUUGCAAUAGUAGAGAGAGAGAGAGAGAGAGAGAGUUGGUUUUGGUUAAUGCAAAUUACAAAGCUAAGAAAGGAAGAAAACAUCCUUUCGGAGAUCCCAAAGGGCCUAACAAACACCCCUUCGAUGCAAUCCAAGUCUCUUCUCUUCUUCAUUUAAACCAACAAAACCCCCCCUUUCUCUCUCUCAUUCUCAUUCUCAAUCUCCCAUGGCUGCCAUUGCUGCUUCAAACGCCGUCGUUUCCAAAUCAACACGACUUUCUUCCAACUACUCAUUCCGACCUUCCUCCGCCCCUCGAAACUUCCAUCCAUGGACUUCGAUUUCCCUUGCCAAUUCCAAGAUUUCAUCAGGUUCGGGUUGCGUAAGAGCUCAGGUUACUCCUUUGGAACAAACUAGUGCCGCUGCACCUGCUCAAAGUGUGGAGGCUCCUGCGGUCAAUGUGUUUGGAACCUCUAGAGACAUUCUCUCUAUUCUGAAGUCUUAUUGGGAUAGUAUAUGUAUCUUAUUGGGUGUAGGUGCAGUGUCUACAACAGUCAGCCCGGUUGAGAAUAAAACUCCCCUUAGCAAAUUGAAAGAAACAGCUGGAUUCGAUGGCAGUGGAAAUGAAUCAACCGUUAGCAUCACAGUUGUUGGAGCCUCUGGGGAUCUUGCCAAGAAGAAAAUUUUUCCUGCACUUUUCGCACUUUUCUACGAGGGUUUCCUCCCCAAGCAUUUUACAGUAUAUGGUUAUGCACGGAGUAAGAUGACAGAUGCAGAGCUUAGAAUUAUGGUUAGUAAAACACUUACUUGCAGAAUUGAUCAAAGGGAAAAUUGUGGUGAGAAGAUGGAACAAUUUCUCGGAAGAUGUUUUUAUCAUUCUGGUCAGUAUGAUUCAGAGAAAAACUUUGCAGAGCUAGACAAGAAAUUAAAGGAACAUGAGGUUGGUAGGGUAUCCAAUCGCCUCUUCUAUCUAUCGAUUCCUCCAAACAUUUUCAUAGAUGCUGUGAAGUGUGCAAGCUUGUCAGCUUCCUCUGGUAAUGGUUGGACCAGGGUCAUUGUUGAGAAACCCUUUGGCCGAGAUUCAGAAUCCUCUGCUGCUUUGACGAAAGCCCUAAAGCAGUACCUAGAAGAGGAUCAAAUAUUCAGGAUAGACCAUUAUCUGGGAAAGGAGCUGGUAGAAAAUCUCUCCGUUCUCAGAUUUUCUAACCUUAUUUUUGAACCUCUGUGGUCAAGGCAGUAUAUUAGGAAUGUCCAAUUAAUAUUCUCUGAAGAUUUUGGCACUGAGGGUCGUGGAGGCUACUUCGACAAUUAUGGGAUAAUAAGAGACAUAAUGCAGAAUCACUUGCUUCAGAUACUAGCGCUCUUUGCAAUGGAAACACCAGUCAGCUUGGAUGCUGAAGAUAUCAGAAAUGAGAAGGUGAAAGUUUUGCGUUCAAUGCGGCCGGUGAAACUUGACGAUGUUGUUGUAGGGCAAUAUAAAAGCCAUACAAGAGGAGGUAUCAAUUACCCAUCUUACACAGAUGACGAAACUGUCCCUAAGGGCAGCUUAACUCCAACAUUUGCAGCAGCUGCCCUCUUCAUAGACAAUGCAAGAUGGGAUGGAGUGCCUUUUCUUAUGAAGGCUGGAAAAGCAUUACAUACUAAGGGGGCUGAGAUAAGGGUACAGUUUAGGCAUGUUCCUGGAAACUUAUAUAACCGAAAUUUCGGAACAGAUCUUGAUCGAGCUACUAAUGAGCUUGUUAUUCGAGUACAACCUGAUGAAGCAAUUUAUUUGAAGAUCAAUAACAAGGUUCCUGGUCUUGGAAUGAAACUUGACCGUAGUAAUCUGAACCUUCACUAUGCAGCCAGAUACUCGAAAGAGAUUCCAGAUGCUUACGAGAGGUUAUUGCUGGAUGCUAUAGAAGGAGAAAGGCGGUUGUUUAUCCGAAGUGAUGAAUUGGAUGCUGCUUGGUCAUUGUUUACACCUUUCUUGAAAGAGCUUGAAGAGAAAAAGAUAAUCCCAGAAUAUUAUCCCUAUGGAAGCAGGGGUCCUGUUGGAGCCCAUUAUCUUGCCGCAAGAUACAAGGUUCGGUGGGGAGACGUCGGACACGAGCAAUGAAGUUGUAGCAACCGGAUUCAGGUUCAAUGAACAAUCAUUUUGAGUUUGAUAGUUCAUUAGAGUUGUGUACUGAGUAAUAGUGUAGUUCUUUCUUUUGGCUUAGGAAGAGUGAAAGAAUUAAGUGGGAUAAGAAGCAACAUUGAUUCUGUCACUCUUCUUUGUCAUAAUUGAGUUUGUACUUUGUAUAAAUAAAUUCAAUUCUCAGGCUUUUAAGUCAA